GGAGUUAAUUUUUUGUUUGUACAAAGCAAUAAAAUGGUAAAAUUAGAGAAGAAAGAAGAAGAGGAUAAUAAUAAGGGUGAUCAUAUAGCUUUGUCAAUGCCAUGGUGGUGGUGCUCUCGUGACACCAGCUAUAGUAAUCGCCAUUCAUCUCUUUGGCUUCACACAACUCUAACAGAAUUGGAUGAGAAUAUAAAAACAAUGGUAAGUAUAAUUGACGAAGAUGGAGACUCUUUCCCAAAGAAAAGGCCUCAGCUUAUAAAAGUACUGAAUGAGUUGCAUAACUCUUACCGUUGGCUGGCUGAAAGGUACGACUCACUUAUUAUUAGAUCUCAUCAAUCUCAUGAUUAUCAUUACAAUUUUCAACGUCCAAGAUCAAUGAUUAAGUCCUUGAGACAAAUUCAUCACAAGAAGUACGAUGAUAUGGGAAAGACUUUUAUAAGUCAUGAAGAGAAUUUUUACGAUUUAGAAAUAAUAAAUGGUGGUGGUGAUGAUAAAAUGUGGAGAGGGAAAGAGGUAUGUGAAAUGAUAGAGGAACAUUUGCGUCAGCAAGAUGAGUUAAUCAGAAGAAAUGAGAAGAAAAGAGAGAGAAUAAAGGAGCUUAGUUCACAGGUAAAGAGGUUAAUGGAAGAGAAUAGGGCUCUAAAGGCUUGUUUGGCAACACAAAACCACUUACAAUCUCAUCAUCAUCAGUCACAUUGUUCCAAGUCCUUUUUCUUUGGAAAGCUUAUUGGAUGCACUCGUUAAUUAUGAUCUCAUUUUCUGAUGAGAUCUAUAUUCAUAAAACAAUUUUAGUAUUCAUAUGUAAUGGUGGUUGGUUUUGUUGGCAAUAAUAAAUGGUGUUAAUAAUCACUAUUCUUAUUAUGUUUUAA